AAUCACGUUUUGGAAAGGAGAAACUUCAACCCAGCAGUUCAUGUUUUCAUUGGACAAAAUAGGAAUCAUGUGUUUGUGAUUAGGAAAAGUUCAGGAUGAUGGUAUAUUCGAUAUUUCUAAAGGUGUUGAAUAUUAAAAUCUGCCCACAUGCCAGUUUGUAGAAGUUGCUGUAAGCUGAUAUAAAGAACUUAAACUAAAAAUGAUAUAUUGUGAAAGUGAUACAUACAUACUCUGAACUAGUAAGCAGUGUGAAAAGUUAGUUGGACAGACAAAGCUUUUCUCCUAUUCUACUCUAAAACUGAAAUACAAUCUGAACUAUUCACGAUGUCACAGGGAGAAAGUUUGGAUAUCUUAGAAAUGCUCUUUGAUAAAAAUGAUCCAAUUUUAAAAGAAAAUACUGCUCCUUUCUUUGUGGAAGAUGAUAUUGACAUUUUCCAAGAAACCUCCACAGACUUGCAAUUGAAUCCAUGGGAUCUGGAUCCCAGUGAAUUUUUAUCUUCACUUUUAAAUAGUGAGGAACUGAAUCAAAGCAAAGGGCAUGAAACAAGAACAACCACACAGUCUUGUAGCGAUGAUGGUGCUCUUAGCGAGGAGAUGUCUCCUUCCCUUUCUCUUCCAAGUCUAUAUUAUGAAAACAAGUCAUUGAGUAGCAAUUCUUCACUCAGUGGUCUGUCAGAAACUAAUUCACCACCUCCUAUCACUUUAGAGAUGGAAAACUCGGUUGAUGACUUUCAAAUCACCCAGAGUUCUACGGAUGUUAUUAUUGAUGGAAAUCGUUCAGCGGCAAUCGAAAUAGGAGCAGACAUAAUUGUUACAACUUCAGAAGCAACACAAGAAAAUAUACAUCUGGAUACCACAAGUAAUGAUAGUAUAAAUCAGGUACAGGUGAUGGACUCCACCUGCUUUUCUAGCUCUUACUUUCAGUCGUCAUCUGAAAGCUUCAAUUCUGAGAAUCUGGAACUUACUGCUGAAGAAAAACGUUUACUGAAGAAAGAAGGUAUCACAAUACCAACUCAUCUUCCUCUUACUAAGGCUGAAGAAAGGGAUUUAAAACGAAUAAGGAGAAAAAUUCGUAAUAAGCAAUCAGCUCAAGAUAGUAGGAAGAGAAAGAAAGAGUACGUGGAUGGCUUAGAAAAAAGAGUAAAGGUAUGUACAGCACAAAAUGUGGAGCUCCAGAAGAAAGUCACUAUCUUACAAAAACAGAACAUGUCUUUGCUAAACCAACUAAAACGGCUGCAAAUGUUAGUCUCUAGCAGUUCCUCAAAACCUGCACAAACGAGCACCUGUGUCGCUGUUUUGUUGCUGUCAUUUGCUUUGCUGCUUUUUCCAAAUUUCAAACCGAGUUCUUUCGGAAAUGAAAGACAGCUCAAAGCACCAUCCUUGAAAAUGUCUCCAGGCACAGGCCAGUCACGAAGUUUGUUACAUACUGGAAAUGAAGAACAGAGCCGAUUGGCUAGAGUAAAAGAAGAAGUGAUGAUUGUAGAUGAAAUUUUUAUAAGCAAUUCCAAUAAGAAAAUGUUCUUGUCGGAGAAGACAGAGGAACGAAUAAAAACUCCAGCAGUGCCUCAGAAACCUUAUGAUGAUAUCUGGUUGACCGACUAUAACGUGACUACAAAAUUUAAUGAUUCUGGAGGGAAUAAUUUAGAAAAUGCAAAAAAGAUUGUAGUUAAAAUAGCAGAAGAUUUGUAACCAAAUUUGAUUAUUGUAGGGCACAAAAGUUUAUGUAUGGCAAGCUGUUUGGUUAUGUAAGUUCCACAUCAAGUAUGUUUUAGCAUAAUUUUUAACCAGGUAUUUUAAAAUGUAGAAUAUCUGUUUGCUAAUAUUUUUUGCUAUGAAGUUCUGACAUACUAAAAAACAAGAUAUUCCUUAUAUUUAUGGUGUUUUAAUUGUCUUUUUACUCGCCACAAUGAAACUAUAUUAAGAUAAAAUGUGAAGAAUAUGUAGCGUUGAUGUUGCUCAUUUAUUCUUCAAAUUAUUCAGUAAACAAAUUGUUUAAGAUACUAAAAAUAAAUAUAAAAGCCAUGCUAUCAUUUAGUUCACCAGGUGUCACUGAGUUAUACUGGGUUUGGGGAAUUCUACCCCUUAUUAGCAACCCUGUAUAAAUUAUUAAACAAGACUAGACUUCAAGUGGAAAAGGAAGUUUUAUAAUAAAUAUUCAAAACAUCUUUAAUACAGAUGGUAACAGAAUUUCCUUAAAUUUAUCAUCAGUGUUAAUAUCUCAAAAAAAAAGUUCGUAAUAUUUGAACUACAAAAAAUUAUAUUGGUUUUGAACGUGUUUUUGUAAUCAAUCAUAAGUUUAGAAAGAACAGUUUUAUACAGUAACAAUAUAAUGGAAUUUAUGAUAAAACGUGCAGAAUACAUGUUUAAUAAAUAAUAUUGUUUCUCUUAAGAAAAUUCUGAAACAUCCAUAUUAAGAAUGUUUUUUUGGUAUUACCAUAUAUAGAUUUUCUGUAGUGAGUAGAAGACAACUCAAAACACCAUACAUAUACAAUCCAUCCCUACAAUAGUCCUAGUCUUGAGUUUGUAUUUUUUUCCCCACUAACCCUUCUCCAGGGUUACUAGUUAGAGAUGGAUUUCCCAAAAACUGGUAAAAUCCAGUGACAAGUGGACUGAUAGAAUGGGCGCUUCAUAUUUCUUUUUUAAGACUCCCCUCCCAGUAGUUUUCAGGCUUCUAGUUUGUAAGUUUGUCAGUUCACUUCUGAGACUAGUGUGCAUUGACAGUAGAAGCAAUCAGUGACACAGAAGUUGAAGAAAAAUGUAAUAUUUUCAAUAGCAGUUAUUGAGCUUAUCUGCGUGCACUAAAUACAAUGGAUUGUUUAUGUAACACAUGAGUAAUUGGACUGAAAGCUUUAAUGGUUUAAGGAAUGUGUUAUUGUAGCUUGUAUAUAGAUGUGUAACACAAAGUGGUAUUAUUUUUUUUCUUUCCUUUAUUAAUCAGAAAUAACACGCUCCGUUGUCUUCAACAUUUGUUCUCCUACUCGCAAGUGGUAUUGACGUGUAUCACCUCAUGUUGAUUGUACUUUGCAUAAACUUAUUAUACCUAGAGUUGAAAGCACAUGAGGAUUUAUUCAUUUUAGAAAUAAAGGUGUUGGCUACACACUUAAGUCAGAACAAGCUUAUGUUGUUUAAUAGAUACACUAUUGGAUCAUAAUAACAUUUAUUUGAUAUACACUUUGCAAAUCUGUACUCAUUUUUUUUAUAGCUUCUUGCAAUUUUUUUUCUAUAUAAAGUUGAAGAGGAUAUUGACUAUCUAAUUGUUUAUUAUAAAUUAUUGUAACUGCUACAUUUUAAUUAUUAGUAUUAGAAAUGCGUGUUAGCUUCGAGAGCUGUCUCAUUCUUCACGUGCAUAGUUGAAAAGACUACUAUUUGAACAUAAGUUGUUUAAACAACAUUAUGUAAAUACUGUGACAUUUCUGUUAUUAAGCUUGUAAUGAAUUACAACAAGCAUUCCUUUUAAACAGGUAGAUCCAAAUAUUUAUUUUGGAGUAGCUAGUAUCAUGAAUUCCUGUUAACUGUAAAAAUAAUGGAUUUUGAUUUUAAUGAAUGUUGAGAAGCUGUGUGUUCAGUUUCUUGUAACGUAAAUGUAGACGUUUUGUUUUAAUUUAUCGUUUCCACAGUAAAAUAAUGUAAUUGGGUAAUGGUCGAAAGAAGCAUCUAUUAACUAAUGUUCAUUAGUUUCAAUAUUAUUAUUUUAUGGAAAUUACUUGUAAAAAAAAUCAACAUUUUUCAUAUAAUGGUUUCGUUUUCUUUAUGUAUAAGCUGUUGUUUCAACAAUAAAGCUUCUAGCAGUGUA